AUGCAAGCUACUUAUGCGAAAAAACAUGAUCUCCCGAACUGGGACCCAGUUAGGUUGGAGUACCCUAUCAGAAAGUUUCCUAGCACCAAUAAAUCCAGCGAAACUAUAGCAAGGAGGUGGAAGCUACCACCUGAGAUAAUAAAAGAAGGUAGAGAACCCAUUGAAGAACUUCGGGAUUACCUUCGAGACUACAACAUCACCAAGGAGUUGACCAGGUCACAGACAUCAGAACACUUUGGUUACAAUGAACCAGAGACAAGGAGGUUCAAUAAGCACACCUCAUGUUUAGAGAAUCAGUAUGUUUAUCCGGUUGCACGAAAGCUCGAAGCCCGGCCGCCACAGAGCACAGCCCACGGGACCACAGAGAUGCGCAGCGCUUUCGUUGAACCCACCGCACCGUCUCGACUGGUGACAGAUAAAGAUCAGUUCAAACAUCCGGCAAGUCUGCUUGACAAGCAUCACUUCGCUCCCAGUUUCCACAAAGACCUAGAACCCUUGGACACGACCCAUGACGGUUUUGAGAAAUACCUGGACCCGUAUCUUACCACGAGCAGGCUCCAUCACCGACCGUUCACAGCUGACCAGCUUUCCAGACCUUCUGCUUCGAAAGAUAUCGUUACCUACUAUACGUUGGCGAAAACUCCUUGGGCGUGGUCAGCCAAACCAAAGAUCGAAAAUUGGAACCUACCACCGCGUAGACCAAAAUCUAUGUAUGACAGGGAGAGGUUCAAGCAAGACUUUAGGGAAAUAAGGACACAUAAACAGUUGCAAUGGAUACCUGGGGCGUUUAGAACAGAGUCGAGAGACAACUACAUACCCCAAGCCAACUGCGACGUGGAAUCACAAGUUAGGAAUUACUACAAGCGCGCAACAAAUCAAAUACUGACGAAGAAUAAACAUGAACAAUCUGUUAUACAGCAGUCUUAUUGUUCGGAAAAUUCUAGAAUUGGAUCGGGGAGGCCUCUCUGUGCAGAUAUAGACCCGUUUGUGGAGAGAAAUAAAGCGGUUGAAAGAAUGAGUAUGCGAAGUUAUACGUAAC